AAAAUGCGAAAGUAGGGUUUCGGACAGUAGAACAUCAGGGUUUUAGUUAUUUGCUUUGAUAUAGCUGCAAAGCCUGCUGCUUCUUCUUCAUUCAUCAUUCAUCAGUCAUCAAUGGCGAAGAAGAAGAGGGAGAGGCAUCAAAAUCCCCAACCAUUCCUCGCGGAAGACAACGACUCCAUGGCUUCAAAGAAGCGAUCCAAAUCCAGAGAUGAACUCAAACAGCACCAGAAGGAAGAGAAGCUGAUAUCCUCCGGCAUGAGUUCGAAGAUACUUAAGGAGGCUCGGAUUCAGCAGAGGGAGAUUGAGGACGAGGAGCUCGAAGCCCAAAACCCUAACAGUUCCUUAUUGAAUGUCGUCGAAGAGCCUCGCAAGGAUGAUGAUGGAGAAGAGGACGACAUCGAUGACUUUACUGGAUUUUCCGAAACUCAAAGCCGUUAUGGCGAUUAUGAAGAUGAUAUUGACGAAGAGGAUGAGAGAUUAUUGGAGGCAUUCUUGUCGAAAGAAACAGCUCCACAACGUACACUUGCAGACAUUAUUGUUGCAAAAAUUAAAGAGAAAGAUGCUAAUGUCUCUUCAGAGAUUCGGCCUUUGCCUAAGUUAGAUACUUCCAUCAUUGAUUUGUAUAAGGGAGUUGGAAAAUAUUUUGGUAAAUAUACAGCUGGUAAGAUACCCAAAGCAUUUAAACACAUCCCUUCAAUGGUCAAUUGGGAGGAUGCUCUGUAUUUGACUGAGCCUGAGAAGUGGUCACCAAAUGCGAUGUACCAAGCUACAAGAAUAUUUGCUUCUAAUUUGGGUGUCAAAAGGGUGGAACGCUUUUACAAGCUUGUCCUGCUUCCAAGAGUGAGAGAAGAUAUUCUGAAGAAUAAGCGGUUGCAUUUUGCUCUGUAUCAGUCUCUAAAAAAGUCUCUGUAUAAGCCUGCAGCAUUUUUCAAAGGAAUUUUAUUUCCAUUGUGUGAGUCUAGGACAUGCAGUCUGAGGGAAGCUGUGAUUAUUGGGAGCAUUAUACAAAAAGUUUCCAUUCCUAUGCUUCAUUCAAGUGUUGCAUUAUUGAAGCUUGCAGAAAUGGAAUAUUGUGGGACAACGAGUUAUUUUAUAAAGCUUCUUUUGGAGAAAAAGUAUGCUUUGCCAUAUCGUGUGCUUGAUGCUCUUGUUGCUCAUUUUAUGAGAUUUUUGGAGGAUUCGAGGAUUAUGCCUGUAAUAUGGCACCAGUCACUUCUUGCUUUUGUGCAAAGGUACAAAAAUGAACUUCAGAAGGAGGAUAAAGAUAACCUCAGAAAUCUUCUUGAAAAACAAAAGCACAAACUAGUUACUCCUGAAAUAAGCAGGGAGCUAACUAACAGUCGCUGCCGGGGUGAGAAGGAGGAUGACCUUAUGUCAAUUGCAUCCCCUAUUUCGGUGAUCAAUAAGACUAUUGAAGAAGAUAGAUUUGAUAUUCCAGAGGUACCUAUGGAGGAGGACUAAUUGAUUACUGGUAGAGGUGAUGAAUCCACUAUGACCUGAGCAGAGUUUGUGCCUCUUUUAGUGGAUCGCAGGGCUCGGUGGAUUGGUAAAGGCCUCUGCCUAGGGUCUCAUAGAAAGGAGGGACCGAAAAAGCUUUAUAUUAUAUAUAGUAUUUAUAUUAAUUUGAUUCAAGAAUUUAAUUUAAAGAAGUAUGUGUUAUUAUUUGUUUAUGUAUUAUUUUUUGUGAUAGCAUUUCCAAUAUAUUACUAUUUUCCUUUA